AUGUCUCUUACUACCAAGCGACGGGUUGCUGUGCAUGAAUUGAAGAAGCACGCCACGGGGGAGGAUGGUUGGAUUGCACUCAACGGCACAGUUUGGGACUUUUCAGACUUUGCCGCUCAGCACCCAGGCGGCGCAGAGCUCAUCGUCCAACACCUAGGGAAGGACGGCAGCGAGGUAUACAAUGAAAUUCACAGUCCGGCGCUUGUGCAGCGACAUUUUGGGGAGCAGAGAAGGAUAGGGGAGCUCGAGGCAAGCGACUCUCCCAUGCCGGCGAAGGAGGGUUUGAACAAGCGGCAGCAGCAUCCCUCGCUGCCUCCGCUAGAGUCAAUCACCAGUCUUCACCAGUUCGAAGCAGCCGCAUCGCCAGCACUCACGAGAAAAGCACUUUUGUACCUUUCGGGCGCCACCGAGGAUGGAAUCACAGAGCGGGAGAACCGAAAAGUGUACAGUCGGGUGAUGUUCCGUCCACGUCUCCUGCAAGGGGUUGGAAGCGUAAAUACGAGUACGCAAUUCCUCGGUCUCACGCUUUCAUGCCCUAUAAUGGUGGCACCUACGUCGUCGAACCGGCUCUUUCACCGCGACGGCGAGGUUGCGAUUGCGAGGGCAUCCCAGCGUUUUGGCGUCCCUCCCAUUGCCCCGACUAUGGGAUCAUUUUCGCUUGCCGAGAUAUCUGAAGCCCUCGGUUCUGGCCGUCCUUUUUUCUUUCAAUUAUACGCCAAUCGCGACCGUAGCGAACUGACUCGCACCUUGGACGAAGCGCGUCGACUUGGAGCUCGAGCAAUCAUGGUGACGUCCGACUCGCCCGUGCUGAGCAAGAGAGAGUCUGCAAAGGGGUCCUCGACCUUGAUCUUGAGCAGUAGUGACAACGAGUCAGAAGUCAAGACAUCUGGACCAGGUUCGGGCCCGCCGUUGGGUUCGGAACUGGUUCGUCAAGUUGCACCUCCGCCCGUGAACAACGUGAUCGACCCCGACCUCAACUGGGCAGAUAUCCAAUGGAUCGCGCGUCACACGGGACUCCCAGUCUUUGUCAAAGGCAUUCAGCGAGCGGAAGACGCCAAAAUCGCCGCGGAAAUCGGUUGUGCCGGCAUCUACCUCUCGAAUCAUGGAGGUCGGGCUCUGGACACGACACCGCCCGCGAUUCUCGUGCUUCUUGAGAUCCAAAAGACAUGCCCCGAGAUUUUGACAAAGAUGGAGGUCAUCGUUGACGGUGGCGUUCGACGAGGGACGGAUGUCUUGAAAGCCAUCUGCCUAGGCGCUCGUGCUGUUUGUGUAGGGCGUCCUUGUCUGUACGCUCUGGCCUAUGGCGAGAACGGUGUUCUCCGAGCUCUCGCAAUUCUAAAGGAGGAGUUGACGAUCGCAAUGCAACUGCUGGGCAUCACCAGUCUCGACCAAGCAAACCCAGGUUUUCUCAACACUUCCCGGCUGGAGAAGUUGUUGCCGUCCAUGACAUUGGAUAGCUCAGAUAUAAUGAGCCCACGACUGUACUUCCAACCAACGCCCAAGCUGUAGC